AACGCUUUUCCCCGUUUUCUGCAUAAGCAUAAACACAUUCUGCUCUUAAUUCUUCUCCAUUGGUUUACAAUAUUCUUGUGAGUUCUAUUCUAUUUUGUUCUACUCAUAAAAAGUGACACCUCCCUCUCCUCCCCCCUGGUAUUAAUAUUUACAGAGAUCGGUGCACAUUUAGUGAAAUGCAGCAUGCCUGCUCCUCCGUGCAUUUUCAAUGAGGCCAGUAGUGAUAUUUGGUUAUAGCAGAAGCGCCGCCUCACUCCCAUUGGACAAUGUGUACGUGAGGGCGUGGCAAAGGAAAAAUGAGAGUUGAAAAUCCAUGCCCUUACUGGGAAGACAUGGAGCGCUAUGGACACAGUCUACGCGAGCCUAGUAGGUAUCUCAACCAACGAGAUAAAUAUUUCUCCUGUUAGAGAACGAGCGCUUUGAGACACUGAGAGGAACAGGAGGAAAAAAACAAAAACAAAGGGUCGCCCAGUUGAGGAUGGAGUGUGCAUUUGACGCACAGAACCUGAUCUCCAUUUCUUUAAGGAAAAUCCAAAGCUCCAGGACGCAGAGAGGCGGCAUCAAGCUCCACAAGAACUUGCUGGUAACGUACGUCCUCAGAAACGCCAGGCAGUUUUACAUGAGCAAAAACUCACUGCAGACGCAGAGGACACCUCCGUACGAGGAUGCGGCGGCGGUCCACAGGAGGCAAGAGUACAUCGAGCUGACCGGCAGCUUCACGGAGUUGGCUGAUGACUUCUACUGCAACUUUACAGGCACGGAGUCGGACACUUGGCACUGCGGAGCGCACCAGUCCAGCGCACAGCCCUCGGAGCUGGCGCACCAAGACGCCUCUGCGUGCGCAAUGGCUUCUCCAAGUGACUCUGAGCUCAUGGUCUCAGAAGCCUGCUGGAGCUGCACGGACAAAUCUUCCUGGGAGUUACCCAUCCUGAACGCACAAGCCAACCAAAAGACCGUCCUGGACUUGGACACGCAUGUGGUGACAACUGUGACGAACGGAUACUUCCACUCAGACUGUUGCGCGCAGCCAAAACAGCCGCAGGCGGGCGCGCAGUGCUACACCAGAAAGCGAAAGAUGGACACAAGUUAUUAUAUUGUUGACCCGGAGUUUUAUUUGCCGGACUUUGUGCCCGUGCCGUGUAAGAGGAUGAGGAGUGAGGAUGAUGAUGAUGAUGAUGAUAAUGAUGAUGACGGUGAUGAUUUACAAUCGGACUCGGGACAGCUGGACAGCGCGAACAUCUCCAACCUGAUCUCGGUUCUGGGAUCAGGUGGGCUGUCUGAGUUUGUGAGUUGGCAGCAGAUGGACCUUGAGCAGAUAUUCGGCACUCAGACAAUUUGUUUAAAACACACACUGUUGGCAGGCAGUGGUUGGACCAGAGCAAUCGAAGCGUUUUGAUUUAUGUGAUUGUUUAUUAUUAUUUUUUAUUAUUAUUAUUAUUUUAUUUUCAUUGUAUGAUUUUACUUUGUUGUUUUCAAAUAAAUCUUGACACGACUGCAAUCCUCACUCUCUCCCACACACACACUCCCUCUGCGCUGUAAUUGAAGAAUAUUGCCGAAGUGUGACUUCAUAUAGAGCAAUCACAUCCAUCUCCAACGGCUUUUUGCACAUAGACUUUCUUCAUGCCAACUUCUGACAUUACUGCACUUACAGAUGAAGUGUAUUUUCUUGUGAUCCCGCUUAGAAUAGAUGAUCAUGGAGUCCGUCUUUGGAUUGUAUUUCCUGAGGAAACUGGUCAGUACUGUUUCUGUGAAAAGAUGUUGGAAGAGCACCAUCAUGUGGCCACUGAUGAUUUGUACAGAAUCAUGCACCAGCUUAACGCAGGAUAUCAUUCUGUAAAUAUAUUAUUUAUAACAAGACCUUUUUUUUGAUAAAUAAAUAAAGUUAACAUUA